CUGUACAUUUACAUGUAGUGGUGGAGUACUCAAACAGACUAUAUAUUCGUACGAAGUGACUUCAUUUCAUCAGUAUUACAAAAUACCAUUAUGCACGCAUUACUUGGCUUGGUAGUCGCCUACUUGGCGGUAAUCGUACAGGGCUUACCAACGAGUCAGAUUGUCGGUGGACACGAUGCUCCGAACGGCAAGUUUCCGUAUCAGGUAUCUUUGAGGCUGGACAACAAACAUUUUUGCGGCGGAUCUAUUAUCAACAACCGUACUAUUCUCACAGCCGCCCAUUGUGUGGCAGGCAAAACUUCGCCUAUCAUUCUCUCGCGAAUCACCGUCCAUGCAGGCACGAACUUUUUGAAACGACCCGGCAUCGUCUACAGACCGAAAAAUAUCACAUAUCACAAGGAAUUUAAUAGAUCUCGUCUAGCAAACGAUAUCGCCGUAAUUACUUUAUCAUCCGUAAUUAAAUACACCAAAUUGAUACAACCCGUACCACUUGCAACCAGUGAUAUCGCUCCCGGCCGUAGGUGCAUCUUAUCUGGAUGGGGACGCAUCUCGAUGGGCGGUGACGUUCCCAAUAAAUUGCAAGAAAUUGAAUUGGUUGUUUAUGAUAGCAGAAAAUGCAAACGGACAUACACAAACUUCCUGAACAGCCAAAUAUGCACGUAUAAAAAAAGGGGGCAAGGCGCGUGCCAUGGUGAUUCAGGUAGUCCUUUAGUCGCCAAUGGUACUCAAAUCGGUAUUGUCUCCUACGGUCAGCCUUGCGCCAUCGGAUAUCCUGAUGUAUAUACGAAAGUAGCCGCUUUCAAAAAGUGGCUGAAACAAAAUGUUUUCGAUAAGGUUGUAUGGUUACCAGAUGGAUACGAUGAAAAGCUAGUAACAAGAAACAUAUAUAAACCCGCGGAUAUAUCUUGUUUUUACCAGUCAGUGAACAUGCAGAAGAUGAAUGGAUAUAGUUUCGUUGCGUUCGUUGUUCUGAUAUACGCUGCUCAUGCUUUGACUCCUCGAAUCAUCGGCGGCAAAGAUGCUCCAGAUGGCAAAUAUCCGUAUCAAGUAUCGUUGAGAUACGAAAUGGAUCACGUAUGCGGUGGAUCUAUCAUUAACAAUCGCACUAUAUUGACAGCAGCGCAUUGCUUGAAGGAGACAGAAAAUUCGCUGAAUUACUGGAAAGUCCACGCUGGCACGAACUUUCUCAAUGAGACAGGCAAUGUUUAUUCAGUGGCAUCUAUCACUAUCCAUGAGAACUACGAUCUGUUCAUUAAUGACAUUGGUCUGAUUCAUCUUGAAGAAUCAAUCGAGUUCAACGCGAAGAUACAACCGAUUAAACUCACGACUACUGACGUUGAUAGUGGAGUUUGCAAAAUAACCGGAUGGGGGUUUAAGGAGCUCAAAAGUUUUAGCUCCGUUUCGAACAACUUACAAGAAAUCGACGUGAUUAUAUAUCCUAACACGAAUUGCAAGACUUCAACGCCUGGCAUAAUGAGAAGUCACAUUUGCACCCUUACCAAAGUAGGAGAAGGCAUAUGCUUUGGUGAUUCCGGUGGACCUUUGGUGGUGGAUGACUUUCAAAUUGGAAUUGUUUCUUCCGGUUAUCCAUGCGCAUUAGGACAUCCGGACUUAUACAUGCGAGUGUAUUCUUUCUUGGAUUGGAUUGCCCAGCAUAUAGAAAAUUAAGCAAUUUGAUGACAUUUAUGGCGAUAAGGAA